GCGGGCGCGCGCACUGUACAGCAGACGUCUCCCGCGUGCACGUGACGGCCGAGGCCCGGGUAAAGCUAUAAGGAGAAAGGGGCAGAGUAACGGCGCCAUGGAGGCUGAUGGGAGCGCUGCUGCUGGUGAAGGAACCGGGAGUACGACGUCAUCUGACAAUACAAAUCCAUCAAAGAAGAUUUUCAGAGCCAAGAAAACCAUGACUGCAAGCUGUCGACAACAAAUAGUUGCGUUGAAUAAAAUAAUGAAAUCUUCAAAAACGGAGAAUACUGCAAAUGAAACUUUUGAUUUCUUUCCUAACCCACCCCUAGAACAGACUAGCAUCUGCAAAACAAAUUAUUUUGCACAAGACAGUGCAAACUUAAGUAAAUCGCUGGCAUUUGAAAACCAGGGCCUUUUUCCUAAUGCGUUAAAAGUUUCAAUUGAGGUGUCCCAAGUAGAUUCUGGAAUUAAUAUUGGCUGUUCUUACAAUGAGACAUUCAGCACAUGGAGCUCCAUUGAAAACAAACAAGGAGAUGGUUCUUCUCAUCCAGUGAGUUCUGAUGUGGGUAGUAUUCAUAUUUCUCAUACAGAAUGUUUUGUAGUAGAAAAUUCAGAAACGCCUUUGUCCGAAUCUCUAAUAGAUAAUCUAAAACAAUCCCAAACAAAAGCUGGAAGCCCAUCUGUAGAACCUAAAUGCUCUGAGCCUCCUUCCCCUUCAGACACAGUAGAUUAUAAAUCUUUGAACUCAGUAGAUCAAAGUAUUUCUGAGGCUAGUGUUGCUGUUUUAGCUGAGUUGAAGACUCCGUUUGAAGACAAUACUAUACCUAAUGACGAUGUUUUAGAUGAGGAUGCAAACCUUGGUAUUAAAAGAACUGUAACUUGUGACCUGAAUGUUACAGCGGAUACAACAGGUCUCGAGGACAAAUUGACAGUCGCACUUGCCACAACUGACAUUAAUACGUCUUUGACUAAUGGCUUUAACCUGAACUUAUCCAAUAAUUCUACACCCCCUGACAACUUAAUUAACUUCAGUGCUGUUCAUGGGAAACGGAAAAGAUCCCGUUCUGAAAGUGAUGACCUUGGAAACUCUAAGCGCACCAAACCUUCGGACAAAUCCUGGCCAGCAUUUGAACAAAAUAAAGUCAUUUUAGAACAGAUUAGAUUGUUAACUGAAAGUCGGCUAGAACGUUAUUUUAAGGAAGCUUUUGACCAAAGAAUGGAGGACUUGAUGAAACGAGUAAAUCGAAUUCAGUGCAAACAAAACUACAUUGACGAUGUUGCUAGAUGCAUUAAAAAAAUAAGAAAGCUUGAAAAAAGAAUUAUGUCUGCAAUAAGCAUUCAAAAGGAGCAAAUGCUACCCCAUAAAAACAUGCAGCCUGUCACUAGUGGCACAAAAAAGGAUCUUAUUUCAAUUAAAAAGGAAAAUGUAGCAGCCAGCAAACCACCGUCCCCUUCAAAAACUCCUGUCACACCUCUUCUACCAAAUUCCCGGUCUGGAAAACUAAAUGCCAGCUGCACAGAUCUUAUUGUACGUGGCGAUAAUGAAUCUAACGAGGAAACCUCAUCUGUUAACAGACCAGCUAAUGAUACAGGCGUCGUCGUACAAAGUCCAAAACCCUCAGAUGCUUUGGCAGCUGCUCACAAUAUGGCUGAAACUCUUCAAGCAAAGGAAGCGGCCCCUCCAAAUAAAAUUUCUUUGCAGGAUAAGCGGAAAAGCACUGUAACUGAUUUUACAGCAGUAAAGGAACAAAAAGACAUUAAAGAUAUAAAAUUAGAAGAUAAAUCCUCUCCAUCUUGCCAGAGUCUUGGGGUAACGCCAAAUUCACUUGGCAAACCAAGUGAGGCAAAGUCAGUAACUGCUGAAAAUUCAUUGGGAAAGGAUGUGGCUGAUGGGACAUCGCCCACAGCGCAGCUCAGCAUCACCCAGAAAAGCAAAAGACCUGAGCAGAAUCCAGCAGACAAAUCGUUAACAGAGAAACCGCUUACUUUGUCAGAGACUUUAAAGGCCUCAUACGAACAAAACAUUGCUGAUAAAAUGCUGAGCUUUCAGCCUCCUCAAAAACCUGAGCUGCGACUUACUCAAGUGAAAAAUCCCAAGGGAAUUGCUCUGUCAUGGGAUGUUCCCAGUGUUGAUCCAAAGUGCGCCGCACCCAAUACCUACUGCUUGUAUGUUCUUCAAGACAAUCCACAAAGCACAAAAAUAUUGUGGAAAAAGAUUGGUGAAAUCAAAGCGUUACCAUUGCCGAUGGCCUGUACUCUAACUCAUUUUGUAGAGGGUACAAAAUAUUCUUUUACCUUGAGAGCUAGGGACCGUUACGGACGAUUUGGACCACUAUCUGACAUACAAUCUACUACAUUAUUGCCUUCGCCUGAAUCAAAAGCAAUUUAGCCAUAAGCCUGUGCUCUCUAUGAUCUAUGGGAGUAUGUUCCAGUGUACCCUCUGUAUAAAGCUGUUUAUAUGUACCUGUAACGCUAGUCAUUGUUCAGUGCUGAAUACUACUACGUUUCCAGAUUUUAGGGUGUUGUCUUUGAGCUAGGUCUCAUCACCUAAAGGGAAAUGUGUAUAUGGGCCUUUGCUGAAAGGUUACUUCAUCUGGAUGGCUGUACUACAAACAGCGAUCUUUCAACUAUUUUAGAGAGUGGUGGUGUUUUUUUCCAAAUUUUUAUUUUGAAACUUAUACCAAAGAUACCUCGCCUGGAAAACCGUUUUACAAAAGCUUUGUGCAGUUCAGCGCAGUUGGUGUCUGUUGCAGUUAUCUAAACAGAUCCCAUGGAUUUUAGUUGUAAAUAUUUGAAAAUGCAAAGAAGCCACUGUAUAGCCAAUUUGUUUUGUUUUCCUUUUUUUGUUUGUUUUGUUUUUAAAUAAAAACCAGCACUUGCACCGUCCUUCUAUACAGGUUGAUUUGGUUAGUACAGUAGAAAGGGCUGAAACAAAGCAACGUGAAGUAGAACUGAAACUGUCGGCCGUACAAUUUGUAAAGUAUUUACUUACAUUGUCAAAUAUUCUACUUCUCUAUCUUGCUAUUCUGUGUUGAAACUUGCCUCUUUCCCUUGAUCGCAUACUGAGAUAGGCCCAGGAAGUGUGCACAUGCCUCAUGCAGUAUACAAUGUUUAACAGCAGUUUUCCAACACACGUGCAUACCUGAAUCUACCUCCAUAUGCUCUCAUAGAAAGGAGGAGCCCAAGUGAAAUAAGUCCGUUUGAUAAGAGUUUAUUACAUUUUGUAAUAUAUAACAUGAGUUUCAUUCUGACUCACUUUAAAUCACAAGCACUGACCGCUGUUGCAAGGCAAAUACAAAAAGCUUUUCUUUCCCUUCAAAUCUGAUUAAACUGAACAGACUUUAUCAAACUACAAACAGGUUGACCUGCUAAUCACACACAAACGAAAAGCUUUUUUCAUCCUAAAUUGCAGCGAAUAAGAAAAUAUUUGUAUCCGUGUUUUUUGUCUGUCAUGCACGCAGCACCGUUUGUACAUGCUGGAGUCUGACCAAUGUUUUAAACGUGCAAAAAGAGUGCGAUGCUGGCGCUGUAGUGUGCAGCAGGCUACAUAAUAGUUUACAAGACUUAAAGGGAUAUGAAACCCAACUUAUUUCUUUCCUGAUUCAGAUAGAGCAGCAGUUUUAAGCAACUUUCUAAUUUACUCCUGUUAUCAAAUUGUCUUUGUUCUCUUGCUAUCUUUAUCUGAAAAGCACAAAUGUAAGCUUAGGAGCUAGCCCAUUUUUGGUUCAGAACCUGAGUAGCACUUGCUGAUGACUAAAUGUAGCUGGCUCCUAAGCUUACAUUACUGCUUUUUCAAAUAGAGAAUGAAGACAAAGUGAUAAUAGGAGUAAAUUAGAAAGUUGCUUUAAAUUGCAUGCGCUAUCUGAAUCAUGAAAGAAAAAAUGUGGGUUCAGUGUCCCUUUAACAUAAUAUAAUGCACAGAUUAUCACAAUAAUGUGCAUCACACACGUGCAUUACCUGUCGUGAUCUAAACUUAUUGUAAAGUAUAACUGGACUACAGUAAAAUAGUAUGAAAUCUACCCACUGAGGUCUUAAUGUUGUCUGCAAGAUGGGGCUGAUAUUGUUUCCCAUGUAGAACAUUGCUACCCUUUGGCAGCCCAGGGGUUACUUCGUAUGAAACGCCACAGCAUUCUGCUAUAAAAUGUACUGGCUUAGAGAAACUGGUUAUGGAUAUAAACAAUGUACAAACAAUGAAAUUGUAUUAAAGGGACAGUGCAGUCAAAAUUGUACUUUCAUUAUUCAGAUAGAACAUUAAAUUCGUAACAACUUUGCAAUUUUCUUCUUAUAGCAAAUUUGCUUCAUUCUUUUAGUAUCCAUUUUUUUGAAGGAGCACUAAUGCACUACUACAUGCUAGCUGGACAGAUCUGGUGAGCCAAUGACAAGAGACAUAUAUGUGCAGCCACCAAUCAGCAGCUAGCUUCCAGUAAUGCAUUGCUGCUCCCGAGUCUACCUACAUAUCCUUUUCAACAAAGGAUACCAAUAGAUCAAAGCAAAUUUUACAAUAUAGGUACAUUGGAAAGUUGUUUAAAACUGCAUAGCCCUAUCUGAAUCAUAAGUUUAAUUUCGACUUUUCAAGCAUCAGUAUUUCUUACAAGUAUUGUGUCUAGGUUUGCCACCUCAGCCAUGUUUUCCUGAACACUUAUGAGUUACACAUGCUGCAGGGAGGAAUAUGAACAGUGCUGUCCAGAAACACAAUACAUGUUCCUCCCUGCACACCCUGCAGCAUGUGUAACUCAUAAGUGUCCAGAAAAACAUGCGCUGAGGUGGCAACCCUAAUUGUGUUUGCAUUUGCUGGCCUACUUAUGCCCUCUCAUGAGAUGUUAAAACGAUAAUCUAUUUUUGAUCAAUUCAAUUAAACUAAAUAAUGUAAUAAUUCGUAUUUUAUAUAAAGUAUGCAUAGAAUUUUGUUUAGUUUCUAAAUGACUAUAUACAGGAAAUAUUAAAUCUCUUUUUUUAACAUAA